AUGAAAUACGUUCUGGUCUCUGGAGGUGUCAUCUCCGGCGUGGGCAAGGGCAUCAUUGCCUCCAGCACCGGUCUGCUCCUCAAGACCACCGGGCUCACCGUCACCAGCAUCAAGAUCGACCCGUACAUCAACAUCGAUGCGGGAACUAUGGCCCCGACUGAGCACGGUGAGGUCUAUGUGACCGAUGACGGCGGUGAAAUGGAUCUCGACCUGGGCAACUACGAGCGGUACCUCCUCACGUCCUUGACUCGGGACCACAACAUCACCACCGGCAAGAUCUACCAGAACGUCAUCACGAACGAACGUGUCGGCCACUACCUCGGCAAGACCGUGCAGGUCGUGCCCCACGUCACCGACGCCAUCCAGGAAUGGAUCGAGCGCGUCGCGAAGAUCCCCGUCGACGAGUCCCGCGCCGAGCCGGACGUCUGCAUCAUCGAGCUGGGUGGAACCGUCGGAGAUAUCGAGAGUGCCCCGUUCAUCCACGCCCUGAGCCAGCUGCAGCGGAAGGCCGGCAAGGGCAACUUCAUUCAGAUCCACGUGUCCUACGUGCCCGUGAUCCCCCCGGGCCCCGGCGGCGAGCAGAAGACGAAACCCACGCAGCGAGCCAUCAGUGAUGUGCGGAGUGCUGGUCUCAACCCCGACCUGAUUGCGUGCCGCUGCGAACAGCCCCUGGAGCAGGCCACGAUCCAGAAGAUCGCCAACAUGUGCUCCGUCGAGCAGCACCAGGUCAUUGCCGUCCACGACGUCACAACAACCUACCACGUGCCUCUGCUCCUUGAAAAGCAGAAGCUCAUUCACACAAUGACCGAGAUGCUGAACCUGAAACAACACACCCCCGCGCGGAUCGAGGAGGGCAGCCGCAUGUGGAAGGACUGGGUGGAUCUGGCCCGCGGUCAGGAUUUCCUUCACGACACCGUGUCGAUUGCGCUGGUUGGAAAGUACACCACUCUCCAUGACGCGUAUAUCAGUGUGUCCAAGGCACUGGAGCACGCUGCCAUGUACUGCCACAAGAAGCUGAAGAUGAUCUGGGUGGACUCGUCGCAUCUCGAGGAGGAGACCGCGUCCCCGGCGGACUUCCACAAGGCCUGGCAUGCGGUCUGCACCGCUGAUGGUAUUCUCGUCCCCGGCGGCUUCGGUGUUCGGGGUACGAAGGGUAUGAUGAAGGCGAUUAAAUGGGCGCGGACCAACAAGACCCCCUUCCUGGGUGUGUGUCUCGGUAUGCAGCUGGCCGUGCUGGAAUACUGCGAGAACGUUGUCGGUAUCGAGGAUGUGGGAAGCGAGGAACUGCAUCCCCAUGCCGAGAAUCACGCGAUCGUCUACAUGCCCGAGGUCGACAAGGGCAAGCUUGGUGGAACCAUGCGGCUCGGCAAGCACCCUUGCAUCUUCCAGGAGAAUACGGAGUGGUCCCGUCUGCGGGCGCUCUAUGGACAGUCUGUGUCGCAGGUUGAGGAGCGUCAUCGUCACCGGUACGAGGUCAACCCGGCCAUGAUCGACCAGAUCGAGAAGGCCGGUCUUACCUUCAUCGGUAAGGACAUCAAGGGCGAGCGGAUGGAGGUCGUCGAGAUCAAGGACCACCCCUGGUUUGUGGGUGUGCAGUUCCAUCCCGAAUACCUCAGCCGGGUGUUGAGCCCUGCCCGGGCCUUCCUCGGGUUCUUUGCCGCCGCCGCCGGCUGCCUGGACGAGGCGACCAAGGCGCUCAACCAGGGCCAGCGGAGCAUCGGCAGAAAGCAAUAG